AUGGCCACGACGAACGGUGUUUACACCACCGGCGUAGGUAGGGACGAGGCUGAGCUGCGUCGAAGAAAUAUCAGCAGCUACGAGUAUGCCAAUGGGCAGCAUGUGUACAAAGUGGAGGCUGAGGAUACAAAGAAGCUUCAAAAGCCCCAGACCGGUAUACUGCAUUUCCUCGACGAGUGGGAAUUUUUGAUUGCCCCCUUUAUCUUCACAGCCUUUGCCCUUUUUACGAGGCUGUGGAGGAUAGGACUGUCUCCAAUUGUGACAUGGGAUGAAGCCCAUUUUGGCAAAUUCGGAUCUCAUUACCUCAAGCGAGAGUUCUACUUCGAUGUCCAUCCUCCCCUGGGAAAGAUGUUGGUUGGCUUGUCGGGCUACUUAGCUGGAUACAAUGGAUCGUUUGAAUUCAAGUCUGGCGAGAGAUAUCCUGAAGAGGUCAACUAUACUUUCAUGCGAGUCUUCAAUGCCCUGUUUGGCGCCGUCACGAUCCCUCUCGCUUACUAUACCGCCCGAGAACUCAACUUCAAGCGCCCUGCUAUCUGGCUGGUUACUCUCAUGGUCUUAUGCGAGAACUCCUAUGCAACAAUCUCGAGAUUCAUCCUCCUCGAUUCCAUGCUGCUCUGCUUCACCUUCACCACGGUCCUUUGCUGGGCAAGAUUCCAUCGACUGCGACACAAGAGUUUCUCCAUCGAAUGGUUUAUCUGGCUGUUCUUGACUGGACUGAGCAUUGGAUGCGUCUGCAGUGUGAAAUGGGUCGGACUUUUUGCCACUGCCCUAGUCGGUCUCUACACCGCAGAAGAUCUAUGGAACAAGUUUGGUGAUCUCAAGAUGCCCAAGAUUGAAUUGGCCGCCCAUUUGGGCGCACGAGUGUUUGGUCUCAUUGUCAUCCCGGCGAUGGUCUACAUGUUCUCUUUCUACAUCCAUUUCCUGGUUCUGGAGAAUUCGGGCCCCGGUGAUGCCCAGAUGUCCUCCCUGUUUCAAGCGAAUCUCCGUGGCACUGACGUGGGCAAGGAUUCACCGCUGGAAGUUGCGAUCGGCUCCAGAGUUACCAUCAAGAAUAUGGGAUACGGCGGGGGCCUUCUACACUCUCAUAUCCAAACCUAUCCUGACGGUAGUGGUCAGCAGCAAGUUACCUGCUAUCACCACAAAGACGCCAACAACGACUGGUUUCUCUAUCCCAACCGCAGCCAACCUGAGUAUGACCCGGCAACACCAUUGAGUUUCAUUGCCGACAAACAAGUUAUCCGACUGAUCCAUGCUCAAACUGGUCGAAACCUCCACUCACAUGCCGUGGCGGCUCCUCUGACGAAGGCUGACUGGGAGGUGUCUUGCUACGGCAAUACCACCGUCGGUGAUGAGAAGGAUCAUUGGCAAAUCGAAGUCAUCAGCGACGCUGCCUCGUCUGACCGGUCCCGCAUCCGAACUUUGACCACGGCAUUUAGAUUGCGUCAUGUUGAACUUGGCUGCUACCUCCGUGCCGGAACUGUCAACCUUCCUCAAUGGGGUUUCAAACAAAUCGAGACGACUUGUGUCAAAAAUUCCAGUCCUCGGGAUGUCUAUACCCAUUGGAAUGUUGAAUCCCACGUCAAUGAUCGACUACCUCCUGGUGAGGCCAAGAACUAUCGAUCACCUUUCUUAAAGGAUUUCAUUCAUCUCAACGUGGCCAUGAUGACUUCGAACAAUGCCCUGGUGCCUGAUCCAGACAAGCAAGAUGAUUUGGCGUCGCAAUUCUGGCAAUGGCCCAUCCUCCACGUGGGACUUCGAAUGUGCUCAUGGGAAGACCAUAUCACCAAGUACUUCCUAUUAGGCAACCCGAGUGUUUAUUGGGGCUCGACUGCAUCAUUGGGCGUGGCAGGCCUCCUCGUUCUGUGGUAUCUUAUCCGUUGGCAGAGGGGCUACGACGAGCUGACUCAAGCCGAUAUCGACCAUAUCCACUAUUCAGGGAUCUACCCGGUGAUUGGAUGGUUCUUCCAUUACCUGCCCUUUGUCAUCAUGGGCCGAGUCACCUAUGUACACCACUAUUACCCAGCCCUAUACUUCGCGAUAUUAGUUUCCGGAUUCUGCCUGGAUUGGACCACCCGAAGACUCAAUACGACUGUGCGAUGGGGCUUCUACUUCAUUUUGUACGCCAUUGUUAUUGGAUUGUUUGUUUUGUUCAGCCCCAUCGUUUUCGGUAUGCAGGGAGGCAACCGGCAAUACGCAUACCUUCGAUGGUUCAACCGAUGGAGAAUUUCAGAUGCUUGA